CAGCAUAUGUUGCCAGCGUUUUAUCAAAGUUGUAGUGAAAUGAUAAGCAAAUGGGAGGAUAUUGUUCCAAAGGAAAGAUCAGUCGAGCUCGAUGUAUGGCCAGACCUUCAACUAAUGACAGGUGAAGUCAUUUCUCGAACCGCAUUUGGGAGUAGCUAUGAAGAAGGGAGAAAAGUAUUUGAACUUCAGAAAGAACAAGCUGAGUAUGUAAUGGACAUGACUCAUUCAGUUUAUAUACCAGGAUCUAGGUUCUUGCCUACUAAAAGGAACAAAAGAAUGCAGGAAAUCGAAAAGCAAAUCCAAACAACGAUUAGGCGUAUCAUCAACAAAAGAUUGAGGGCAAUGGAAGCAGGGGAAACUAGUAAAAAUGACUUAUUAGGCAUAUUACUUGAAUCCAAUAUGAAAGAAAUUGAACAACACGGAAACAAGGAUUUCGGAAUGACAACAAUUGAGUUGAUUGAAGAGUGCAAGUUGUUCUAUUUUGCUGGACAAGAGGGCAAUUCAGUGUUGCUCGUCUGGACGAUGAUUUUAUUGUGCCUACACCCAGAGUGGCAAGUACGUGCCAGAGAUGAGGUUUUGCAGGUCUUUGGAAAUGAAAAACCAAAUUUGGAAGGACUAAGUCGCCUCAAAAUUGUGACAAUGAUCUUGAACGAGACGUUAAGGCUAUUCCCCCCAGUAGCAACAUUUCGUAGAAGGAUUAAAGAUGAAGUCAAAUUAGGGGAGCUGAGUCUACCAGCUGGAGUGCAACUCUUUAUACUCACAGUAUUAAUUCAUUAUGACAAGGAAUUAUGGGGUGAAGACGCGAAGGAAUUCAAACCAGAAAGAUUCAGCGAAGGAGUGGCAAAGGCAACAAAAGGACAGGCCUCGUUUUUUCCAUUUGGCCGGGGACCUCGAAUUUGCAUCGGACAAAACUUUGCAAUGAUGGAAGCAAAGAUGGCAAUAGCAAUGAUAAUACAAAAUUUCUCCUUCGAACUCUCUCCGUCUUAUACACAUGCUCCACUUGCAAUAGUUUCUACUCAACCACAGUAUGGCGCUCCUUUGCUUAUGCGCAAACUUUGAAAUGGAUGUUGCUGAUAUUUAAGUUUAAUGGUGUUGUGUUCUCCGUAUUUCAGCUCGAAUACUAAUAAACUAG